AUCAACACCAGGAACAGAAACAUUGCAAAUCCCAUCUACAUGCAUAGGAGCCAAAAUGAUCAUUAAAUUGAUCAUGGGCCCUUAAGAUACAGAAGAAGAAGAAGUAUAUCUACUAAAGUUACUUGACAAAACAUGAACUCAAGUAACGCACAUUUAAGAAACACUGACUUCACCUCUGACAACUCCAUGAUGAACCACGACUCAUGAGCAGUUACAUCCGGAAUAAUGGUAAAUGCUUCACUGUGCCUGGGUGUAACACACUUCAAUAUAAACAAUCAUUCUUCCCACGAACAAUAAUUGCUUGGAACCAACUGGACAAUGCCGCUGUGGACUCGACAUCAAUCGAGAAUUUCAAGGCUGGCCUGGCACCUGCUAGGAGCCGUUAGGAUAGCCGCAUCGUUUCCCAAACCGUUGCACAUAUGCCAGUACAUGGAUGCAGCAACGUACCCUAUCAGAAUCAGAAAAGAAUCCCAAUUACCGAAUAUUUAUUACACUUCACCAUUUUUAAAUUGAGAGGAUUUCAUUUUCUGAAAAGAAAAUAUUACACACCAAAUGCAGUUGUGUUAUUUAAAAAAAAUCAUUUAGCUUAUUUACCGGGAAUUAUAUUUUGCGCUCUACUGAAAUCACUAUUGAAUCUUACUUUCAAGCAUAGAGAAAUAUCUGUAAUAUAAUUCAUUUUAUUAAAUAUUUUACAAACCAAUGUAUCAUGUAGCAAACGCCUCUUUAUUAAAUAAAGAACUUCAUUGCUAACACACCAUUACCAACUACGCCAUCACUGCUGCUCUUGCUAAAACAUAACAACAUUAACAACGUCAUUUCUCACACCCAAUAAACGUCACAAAAUACAAAGCUACGAAAAUAAUCCCAGUACCAAAUAUGCUGAUUAGGAAGCUGCUAGAAAUGGAAGCAGUCUACCAGAAUUGUAAUAUAUAUAAGAGAUAUUAGGGCAUAAUUAGAGGGCGGGUAGUUCAAAUGCAGACAAAAGGAGGUUAAUUAAACGGUCUAGCAAACAUUUGCAAGCUAGCGUUGUCUUUAAAAAAAAAUUUGUAUGUAUAUUUAUGUCUCCUGCAAGCAUUUGUCUAUGGCUGAUUUAUUUGCGAAAUUUAGAAAAAAUUAUAAUCAUAAACCAUGUAUAUUAUUCCAAACCGGAGACAGACUGUGAUUGCUGAUAUCUCAAGUCUCCUUUUAAUAAUCUUUCGCAUGCUCUACCUAAUACACAAGAUAGUUGGAAUGAACACUUUGGCUAAUGCAAUUGUAUAACGCAUGUGAAAGUGACUUAUUUUUUGGGGCCUAAUCUAUUUUCUACAGUCCCUAGCAACUGGGUGUAACAAACCUGUGCAUAAUUUAAUAGAAGAAAAAAUGUAUAAACUGGCUUGUGAAAUUUUUUGUUCUUUGUUGAUGAAUGUUUGUAAUCCAUAAAAUAAAUUUUAAAUUUUGACAAUAAAUAAAUAUUCUGAAUGCAACAAUAAUAACAUGUAUUGAACUUGACAAAGCAUUUCAGAACAGUCACAUACACAUGGAAAAUAGGGGCUUUGCGGCUCACUUUGCGCAGUUUUACAUAAAAGAACAUAAUUUUUCUUUACAAAUAUGUCUAAUAAUAAAUAAACUUGCUGAGUUGAAGUGGUUUGGGCAGCUGUUUGAAGUGUUUGUAAAGAUUUCAAAACAUUGGUGAUGUUCUGCCUCACAAUAUCUUGAUGUGUUGGGACGGAUCGCCUCUACUUGGGGAAGGGUGAGACAGUGAGUUGGUCGGAUAUUUAUAUUUAAAUGCCAAUCUUGCCGAAAUUUAUGCCAAGUCAAUAAUGUUGAAAAACACAACCAAAAUCCAACAUUUCUCUUUACUGGCAGGGCUCUUGCAUUUUCUUUGCCGAGAUAUGGGCAGCCUCUCGAAGACAUUUGCAGGCCCAGAAGAUUUUUAUUCCAUAUUUGUCAGGCUUGCUUGGCAUAUAUUGCAUAAAACUGCACUGACCUCUGAAACCAACCAGUUGCUCACCUACUGUGAUGUUCUCCCCAGGAAUAUAAUACCUCGCCAAAUAACUCAGGAAUGCUUCUCAUACAUCUCUUAUGGGAUCAAAGAUGUCAUGAGCCAGAAAGGAUUGAUCAACCAUCUUUGUUGUCAAAGCCAAUAUGAAUCAGAAGUUUGCUGAAUCUCUUCAUUGAAAAUGCUGCCCUAAAAAGAGGAUUUCUAUCAACAUGACUGAAAAAAAUUUCACUGAAACGCUGUUCAAAUGAAGAGCGCCAGUGUGUAGUAGGCAGCCAAUAAAAGCUUUCAAUUAGAUCACAUCAUUCCUUUGCCAUUUGUCUCCUUUUACUUUCUCUCCUUCCCUGUUGGUGCAGUCCACUAUUGUUUGUAUCAUUUUUUUCAUUAAUGUACAGAAGAAAUGCUUCAGUGGGAGAUACUAUGCAAUCUGUGAAGGGAGUUCGGUUUCAAGGCAACUAAAUCAUGCCACAUUGUAAAAAAGAAAAUAACAUAAAGAGAGCCAUUUACUGUGAUAUAAGACUAUGUUGCCAGGAAUCUUCAAAAACACUUAUCCCCAUUAUAAUAAGUGUAUUGGUGUGUUACACCCAGUCACUAGAGACAAUAUGUUGCAGCGGAAAGGGUUUAAGUAAUUUUAAUUCGUGUAGUCUGUAAAAUUUUGAACUUAUUUUAGUCCAUUGAUCUAUAUAAAUAAUUAUAUUAAUAGGCCUGGUUAUAUUGGCAUUUAUUAAUUAUAAUUAAAGGAAUAAUAACAAAAAAAGCAGUCCAAUUACUAUUAAUAACACUAUUAUUAAUUAUUAUUCCAAUAAAGUAAGCUAAGCAUACUGAUAUACUUCUAAGUCUUAUCUUUUCUUAAUAAUAUAUAUUUUUGUGAAAAUUGCAUCACACUAUGACUAUUGACUUUUUUAAAAUUAGAAAACAUUAGCCCAUAACAUUUUAUUAAAAGAUUUCAAAUAAAUAAAUAUUUAUCAUUAUAUGAUCAUAGUAAUUAUAUUUUUAUUAGGACAUGGUCAUAGGCAUAGGACAUAGUUUACAUAAACAAAUAUUUAAUAUUUUGACUAAAAUUAACAAAAGAUAAACACAAAACUUGAAUAGUAGUAAUAAGAAACAAGAAAUUAUAUAGAUUCAGGAUUAUGAUUAGAUGGAGCCAGAAUGAUCAACACAUUGAUCGUGAGCGCUAAAUCUGUGUACUGUUCAUUUGUCAAGAAUCAUGGUGUUGUGAUUAAUUUUGUUUUUACAUCAUGCGUGUGUGGUGUCUAAGAAGAGACGUGAGUCGUGUUGUGAACAUACAGGAUUGGUAAGUUAAUGUUUUCAUAUUAUUGACAAACAAGUAAUUGGUAUAGUAGAAUGAAGAUCAAUUGUUUAUAACAAGAAUUAGAUAGAAAUAAUAACACGUUGCACUAGAAAAAAAGGGUAAACUUUAUAUACCCGGUAACAAAAAUGUUUCAUUGCUUGAUUUAAUUAUGCCAAAGUACCUACACAUUUAAAACUAUGAGUAAAUCUGUAUUUCGAUAAUCAAAUAUCUUAAGUUUAAGACAUAGAAAAAUUAUGUUACUUCUAUUUUGUCAUAGUGAUAACAAUAUUAAUAAUUCACAUUCCCCUCAUAAUUGAUUUUCGAGCUAUUUUGUCCCAUGCUGAAUGUUCCAGCUUGUCUGUAUUGUACCUAGCCAAACAUUUACAUGACUGAAUGUCCCAGUUUGUCUGUACUUUACCUAGCCAAACGUUUACAUGACUGAAUGUCCCAGUUUGUACCGUACGUAGCCAAACAUUUGCCUGAAUACCAGGUAUUUAAACAUUUUUUAAAAAAGUUUUACAUGUCAAACCAAUUCGAUUUAAUAAAUACAUUUUUGCUAAUGAUUUAUUUUCCCUUCAAGUUGAUAGAAUGAAAUGGGGGACCCUGAAAAGAAUAAACCUAAAUAUGAAAAGGAAAAGCAUAUGAAGCUAUCAGAAACAAAGACAUAAGUUUGGUAUUAUUUCUUGAAAGCUAGGGACAAUCCCUCAACUAAAUGUAACAAGAUACUUAAAACAUUGGGGGGCACAACUUCACGCUCAUUUAAAGUCUGCACAUUCCACUGCAUUGAAAGAUAUCUCCGUUUCUGGACUGGUACUCCAAGAGCAUUCUAUGGCACCUUGUUCUAAAACUUCCGGCCGACACAGAAGAUGAAAAACCAAUUUUAAAAAAAAAGCAAAUUAACAUGCUAUUUUCCAAGUUCAAACAGCUUAGACGAAACAGUUUCUUGUAUGGCAGCUUUAGAUGUUCUUCCAAUCAGUUUUUUUAUUACUUCUAAUGAUCAAAGAUGAAUCAUGAAGCAUUGUGGCUAAAAUUUGCCAACAUCUUCUAAUUCAAUUAAAAAGAUAGUGUUAAAGCACAGUGAGACUGUUAAAACCUCUCUGAUUAAUAAACUGUGGAAGCUGAAAGAAGAAAGAAAACUGUUUGACACUGGAUUAAUGGACGAGUUUGGGAAAUCAUCACUUUAUGAACGUAAACAAUCAUAUAUGUUAAUCAAUGAAUUUGUAAAUCUUGGCCUAUUAAGAGUGAUUGGCAGAAUUUGGAGCAACAUAAUUAAACAUGAUAUUUGGAGCAAAUUUUUCUCAUGUUUAAUCUUUUAAGGUACCUUAUUCUGGGUCAGUUUAUGUUUUAAAUGAAGAUUUUUUUUUUGGUAGAUAAAACCUAAAAAUGAAUUAGAUUCUAGCACUUAUUUAGUUUUUCAUUUUGAAAAUUUCUUUAUUGCAGAGAUGUCAUCAAUUAAAAAGGAAAGACUAUUGAUGGUGUUUGAUUUUGACCAUUCACUUGUUGAUGAAAACAGUGACACCUAUGUUACCAAAUUAGCUCCAGGUGGAGAACUUCCUGAAGAAAUUAAAAGUUUGUAUGCAGAAGAUGGUUGGACUGAUUACAUGGCUGAGAUAUUUAAGUAGGAGUUGUAAUUAACUAGUUCCUUGCACAAUUGUCAAUCAACAGACAUCGAUUAAUCCUUAGAAAUGGCAUCACUAGGGUGGGUAUCACCUAAGUGUGGUGAACUAAUAUUGUAAUCCUACUCCUCAUAAAGCCCCCACAGACCUUUCCUGAAUUUGUCUGUAACAGAACAAUGGUGGUGAUGAUUUAGUGGUCUAGUAUGUCUAUUGAGUUGUCAGAACAAUGUCCCUAUAUACCAUCAGCUUGGUGAUAAAUAAGACAGAUUUCCCUUCACUCCCGACACUAUUUCAUUGGCAAUUCUGUUGAUCUUAUUAUCUAUUAUACCUCCUUCAUAAAAAUUACUUUCAAUUGAUAAAACGACAAACAGAUCAUGAGCACUAAUUGUAGGCUUAGUGAGAGAAUUGGGAGAGAUUCUAUCUAAGAAUUUCAAAACAUCGAAUAUUGACCAAUCUUUAGUUGCUGGUUUCCCUUGAUUUCUCAGUCUUGGUACCAGUAUGUUAGUUAAAAUUAAAAUCUCACAUUUGGAUAACUCAUCAUAGAGAACAGUGGAUUUUUAGAAUGGACAGUAGUAACUCUAAUUAUGUGUUAGUAGUAGUAGUAGUAGACUCUUCACUGAAAGAGCCCCUAAGAUAUCUGCUCCUUACUUGAACUUGAAGGCUCUUGCUCUUAAGUUCAGAAUGAAAACAAUGAGUAAACUCAACCAUGACCCUCUUUUUUCUAUUUUAAUUUUGCAGAGUGAGUCCAGCAUCUAAUGAUGGCUGUCCUGUCAUUCUCUCUUGGAACAUUAAUAAUCUCUUUACAGCAGCUUCUUAUUAGUCUCAUUUUAAAAGCUCUUUUUCAGUUUCAUUUUACUCAGUUUAUGUCUGUGCAACUAUUGCAAAAAAGUCUAAGUGCCACUACCUUUACAAUCUGCUGGUAUUUCUGCAGAAAAUUAACUUCCUUAUCAAUUUCAGUCCAAACGUUAACCAUUAAUUAAGUCUGGUGAGUAGCUUCUUCUGAUGAACUUUUAAUAAUUUGGUAUCUUGAGAUAUUAAAUGAUUAUCCAGGUACCAUAAACUUUUUUAUUUACAAACCCCAUAUGGCAAAUAAUAGUAUAAUAACUAUUACUUAUAUGAUUGAGUGGAAGCCAUUGGUGAUUAUUCACCUUUUAAUUGACUUCCUAUUCUAAUCUAUUUUACAAUGUAAAUGACAAAAUACUUUCAUUGAACCAAGUGACUUCUGCUUAUAAAAACACCAGUUCUGGCUCCAGGCAGCACUAAAUCUGAACCUAUGCCAACAUGUACUGGAUGCUUAGGAGGCAUCCUGCUCUAGUAGCAGUCUGCUAAGGUGGCACCUUGCUUUCAUUUUUAAGUAGGUUGGUUAUGAAAUCAACUAGAGCAAGCUCAGUUUAGCAUGAUUUUUUUUUCCAUUUUGGGUGAGGAUGACACCCUGUACAGCCUGUACCCCCCUAGUGAUGCUACUGCUCCAGGGCCUUAGAAAAUUUUAAAAUGUAAUUAAAAGCUAAAUAUAAAAAUACUCUAUUGACAGAAAAACAAUAAUAAUUAUAAAACAUUUUGGUUAUGUCUUAUAAUUUUAAAGACAUUAUUGUAUCUCAUGUAAACAGUCGCUGGACACAAGUGCCCUUAUUUUUUACAAAAAUUUAAUUUACACAGUAGUUACAUCAAAAAAACCUUUUCAAAUCUGAGAUUUGAAUGACAUUUUUGAAGGAGUGUUUAUAAGUUAAAGAAAGAAUAUGCCAGGUAUUUAAAUGUGUAUACAAUUUCCAUGGUUACUCUGUUUAAAAAAAACACUAUUUUUUUUCCAUUGCAGAUACUUGCAUAAGAAUGGCCGUACUCCAAAUGAAAUACUUGAAUGCAUAUCUCAGAUACCUUUAACUAAAGGAAUGAAUGAUCUACUAACUUAUUCCCAGACAAUUGCUAAUGUUGAUCAUAUCAUUAUCUCUGACUCUAAUUCUGUUUUUAUAGAUCAUAUCCUAGGUGCUAAUAAUUUAUCCCCUACCAUUACUAAAGUAUUCACUAAUCCAGCUGAGUUUGAUGACAGUGGUUGUCUUAGGCUUAAACAUUAUCAUAUACAAGACUGGUGCACCCUAAGUACAAUAAACCUAUGUAAAGGUCAUAUAUUAAAAUCAUUUCUUGCCGAGCGUGAGAAUGAAGGCGCUGAGUACAAACAUAUAAUUUAUGUUGGGGAUGGACAUAAUGAUCUAUGCCCUGGACUUGUUUUAAGACCACAAGAUAUCUUUAUGCCUAGGAAAGGUUUUGCCUUGGAGCGACUGAUAGAAAAAAUAAAAAGAAAAAAUAAACCUGUCAAGAUUUCAGAAAUAAAGGCUAAAAUUGUACCUUGGGAAACAGGGUUGGACAUACUUCAACAUAUAAAAUGUUUAGAAAUGGCUGCAUGUACAGACAUAGUUGAUUAGUUUAAAAAUGCAGUCUUAUUGUGCAAUAUAAAUAUUUUUAUUAGGAUUGUGCAGAGAUAAACAAAUUGGCCGACUACAUCCUAAUACAAAAAAUUAUUAGGAUCCCAACCUGGAUCAUUUUUAAUGGGCCACACAUUCUAUAUUAAGCUAUUGCUUGAUGCUGAAGUGAAAUGAAUGCACACACAAAUAAUGUAUAAAGAAGAAAUUUAAAAUAGAAGACCUGUUUACUCUUACGAUUUUGGCAUAAAAUGUACGAUUUUGAGGUGUAUACAUGAUAUAUACUGUAUGGUUAUUUUUUUUUUUACUAUUAAGAUAACGUAUUGAAUGAUUUUGUGAUGAUAUUGUAAAAUUUUAAGUGUUUGAGGGUAAACAAGUCUGAAAUAGUCUUUGUUUAUAAUCUAAACCCGUGAUGAGCAGGAGAACCCAUAAAGAUGCAUCAAGAUAGGAUUGUUUGACUAGUUUGAGACACGAAACACUUAAGUAACUUAACAAAAAGUUUACAAGAGUAAGUUAUGUCGUAUCAGAAAGUUAUUACAGUCCAAGACCAAAUUGAGAUUGAAAUUUGUAUGUUUUGUCUUUUGAAUUACAAAAAAAAAAAAAAACAGCAAUGCAUCAUUUGGGGAAAAGAAACUAAGGAUAGACAGCCCAGAAUAUGCACAUAUCUGUUUUGGUAAAAGUUUGAUAAAAUCAUAAGAACACCAAAGAUUCUGUUAAUUAAAACUGUUAAGAUUUACAUCUGCGGUUGCAUUCUCUGAUACUGAUAUCCAAAAUUGAUAAGCUGAUUAAUAGGUUUCAGUCAGUUUUACCUGUCAAAUGGGCUGAUUACCCAUUAUCUUAUGAUUAAUCAGUGCAACCCUAUUUAUCACAGUUUUUUUUUUUCAUUUUGUGUACAAAAUUUCCUUGUUAAUUUAUAACUUAUAAAUAUUGAAUUGUUUUUACUAUAUUUAAUUAUAAAAUGAAAUUUGAUCUCAGUAUUAAAAGCAAAAACUUUGUAAGUUUUAAGAUAAAAUAAAAAGAACAUCUAAUUGAUAACUAUAAAUUUCAUGGAUAAAUAAGAGAUUAAAUUUAAUACAUCUAUUUUUUCCGUCUGCUAUGCUUUGUUUUUGCAAGAUUUAAUCAUUCAUUUUCAGAAAAAUUUAGUUUAAAUUGACAGUAAUUGUAAUAAUAAUAAUAUAUAAAAAAUUAAUCGACAUUUUAAAAUAUUUUUUCUCCCUCUGGCCCAAAGUUACACCAAUAGGCUAAAGUUCUCCAAUUUUAGGUACUAUAAUAGUGACCUAAUUUCCCAAACAUGCAUUGAAGUAACACACUUCAUAAAAAUCCUGAUUGCUAAUUUCUGGGAAUUGUAAUUUGCACACCUAUUGAACACAAGGUUACAGCCAUACAUACCUAGAGAAUUAUUAUUUGUGUUACUACAGACGCUAUUCUAGUAGUUCAGUACAAUGUCUGCUGGAUAUAUUUAUGUAUACACUAUUUUUAAUCCUGAUUUCUAUAUCAUUUGUAAUGCAAUAUCUC